UUGUAGGACAGCCGCACCUUGACGGGAGCAGCGAGGAGCAGGUGAUAGUUGCCAAUCCUCCUGAUGUUUGCCAGGUAGUAGAGGUGACAACAGAAAGCGACGAACAGCCCCUCAGCAUGAGCCAGCUGUAUCCCCUACAGAUCUCCCCAGUCUCGUCCUAUGCAGAAAGUGAAACGACUGACAGCGUUCCAAGUGAUGAAGAAAAUGCAGAGGGACGACUUCAUUGGCAGAAGAAAAACAUUGAAGGCAAACAGUAUCUCAGCAAUCUGGGAAUGAGGAACACUUCUCAUAUGCUUCCCAGCAUGGCAACUUUUGUAGCCAACAAGCCUGACCUCCAAGUCACCAUCAAAGAAGAAAGCUGCCCACUGCCUUACAACAGCUCCUGGCCCCCUUUCCCAGACAUCCCUCUGCCGCAGGUCAUGUCCACAGCCUCCACAAGCAGCAGCCGGCCAGACCGCGAGACACGGGCCAGCGUCAUCAAGAAAACGUCAGACAUCACCCAGUCGAGAGUCAAGAGCUGCUAAGCCUUUGACAGUGUGGGAUUUUUUAGCUUUGUUUUGUUUGGUUUUGUAUUUUACGUUUCUCUAGGAGAGGUUCAUCCCAUGACGCACACAAGACAAAUCGAAGGUAAAGCCUUGGCCAUAUAAAACAUUGCUGUGUCCGGCUCCAGUGCUGGAGUGGUUUUAACUCAGGACUCCAGCCGUCAGUCUGUACACCUGAACCCUGGCGGAUUUGCAAGGUUGUAGGCAAACAACCCAAGAACUUUGGCCCACUCACAGGUUCCAGUGUUUCAUAAGAGGACCAACCCACCACAGGGGAAGUGGUGCUGCUCUGCUUCUCGCUGUCAAGGCUGUGAUGGAACUGAAAGCCUCGGAAUGGAAGAGAAAAUGUGAACUAGCUGGAAUAUUUUUAAAUAAAGAAAAAUCUAUUGUGAAUAUUGUACAUAGUGCAGUACUAGCAACAUUGCGGUCUGCUUCUGCACCUUAUUAAGAAAGCACUUACGAAAGGCCUUUUAUUACCUUGCUCUACUUAAUGGCACAUUGAAGGUCCCUCCCCAUCUGUAUUCUUUUCCAAGGCUAUUCUUGCUAAAGUGUCUUUAAAGAAUAGAGGAAAGGAAAGGAAGUUAAAGCUUCCCAUGUGGAUUUCAUACAUUUUAAGACUGCUUUUCUCAUGUUUGUUUCUAAUCUGCUAUGCUUGAAUGCCGCGUGGUACAAUAGGAAAAAAAAAAAGAAACCUAUUACAGAGAUAUUAUGCAAAUUCCCAGAUUUAAAAAAAAGAAGAAGAAAAAUACUCUAAUUCUAACCAGAGCAAGCUUUUUUAUUUUUUAUACAGGGGAAUAUUUUAUUCAAAGUAAAAAUUCUAAAGUGAA